GACGCUCAUCACCACCCUCGACACUCACAACCAGUGAUCUUCUUCCCCUUUCGCUACGCUCCGACUAGCCGCCAUCCACAUUCACCAAUCCACGCACCAUGGCCGAACUCCUCUCCGGACAAGCCUCGAUCCCGGGGCCCAAGACAACGCGGCACCUGCGCGCGUGCAUGCUCUGCUCCCUGAUUCAGACGUCCGCCGACUUCAAGCGGCACGGGUGCCCGAAUUGUGACGAGGUCCUACAGCUGCGAGGCUCGCUGGACAGGGUGCAGAUGUACACGACGAACCAGUUUGAGGGCGUCAUAGCGGUGAUCGACCCCGAGCAGAGCUGGGUUGCGCGAUGGCAGAGGACGGCGAAACAAGUACGCGGGAUGUAUGCGGUGCGCGUGAAGGGGAGAAUAGGCCAAGAAAUGGAGGAGACCCUGGAGGCGCGGGGGAUCAAGUACAGGCCGAGGGAUGGUACAGAUCAGGACUAGUCAAACUCACGGCCUCGUCUUGUUCGUCCACGCCGUCGAUCGUGUCCUUCCCUAUCUCUCGUCUCCGCGUCCACAUGUAUCAUAUAGCCAAUCCUUUUCACAUCGCUUCGCGCCUGCCGUCUACAAGAACUGCACAUCUCAGAGUAACCGAUGUUCUCAAGCGGGCACGCAAACAAUAUGCAGCAUGACCCGGGGCCUGGGUUCGUUUCCUCAGGCGUCUUAUUGCGUUCCUCU